GGUUCUCCGAUGCCGUCUUCAGCUUUGCAAAGUUUGACCCCGGUUCGCUGCAGACGGCGGACACGUCUCCUCCCUGAACGCGACAGAUCCGGAAGACGCGGUGGGGGAAGGCUAGUCGGUGCUCCUGCAUCCUGCAUCGGAAGCCUGUAAGAGCCGUGGGGGAUUGGGGGCUGGUGGGAGGGAGUGCACGCGCGAGAAAGGGAUUUUAUCAAGGGAUAUAAUAUUUUAUCAAGGGCUAGAAUAUAACUCAGCAGGCCCUGGGCAAAGCAGAAGGGGGAACAGCUGCAAGCGUAAUAGCAAAUAGUAAACGGACCAGCAUGGUGAAUCGGCUCGAUUGUAGCUGGAGGAAGAGGAGGAGGAGCGAAUGAGCCGUUUCAAAAAGGGAUAUAUUGCGAAGGGCCUGCGAGAGUUAGGAAAAAGUGCAAUAGUCACCGCCAAGCCCUGGCUGCUGCAGGGGUUGGGGGAGGUAGGGCGAUCUUUGUAAAGUAUCAUUGAGCAGGGUCCCCAUCCCGCAAGGCCUGCUAGGAUAGGCGUGGGUGAGUCGGUGGGUGCAUAAUAAUAAUAAUUAAUUUUAUUAUUUGCACCCCACCCAUCUGGCUGGGUUGCCCCAGCCACUCUGGGAGGCUUCCAACAUAGAUAGAAGCAUAAUAAAACAUCAGACAUUAGAAACUGCACCGUGGCACAUGCCCUCUUAUUGUGCAUGCCAUGAAAAGGUUACAGGGUGCAAGGUUCUCUGCCAUGCAUAGCACACACUGGAGAGGGAGCUGGGCUUUAAAUGUUGCAAAAAAAAAGGCUUGUGAAAAGUUUGGGCCCUGCAAAGGGGUUGGGGGAGGGAGAACAUUAGGAAGCAGGGGCAUCCAGGGCUUUUUUCAGCCGGAACUCGCUGGAACUGAGUUCCGGUGCAUUUCAGAUGGGUGCCUUGCCAUUCUAAGAGAACAGUAGAGGCAUUAUUGGUGAGUUCCAGCACCUCUUUUCAUACAGGUGUUUGUAGGAGUGGCAUAUAAGCAUUUUAAGGAGCCUGCUGUCCCUGUUUGUGACGGCUAUCUUUGCAUACCUUGAGCUGAUAAAGCUACAAUCCUAACCUCAUUUGUUAGGGAGUAGGUCGCACUGAAUUCAACAGGGCUUUGUUUUGAGUAGGCAUGCUUAGCACUGCAUUGCACAGUAGCUUCAAAUAAAGUGGGAGAGACUUUCCCGCCAGGUCAGAAAGCAGAGAGAAUCUCAUACAACACUUAGCAGGAGUGGAAGCUACAAUCUCCAGCUGUUGUCUUGUGGUCUUGCCUGUAGAUAGAAUGGCUGACCCUUGUCCCUGUGGACCCUCCUCCUGCGACUGCUUCGUCUCUCUUCCCCCGGCCUCUGCGGCCAGAGAGGUCAUAUUUGGCAAGAAUUCUGACCGGCCGAGGGAUGAAGUCCAAGAGGUAGUCUAUUUCCCAGCCAGAAGCCAUGCCAAGGGGGCAAAGGUCCAGGUGAGCUAAAAUCCAGCAGGCAGUACGGGAGCAUGGAGCUUCAUCUGUGGGAGAGGGCUAUGUUCUAGAAAGUAAUGAGAAGUCACAUCUCCAACGUAUCUAUUGCUGCGGUCCAUCCUAAAUCAGGGCACACAAACCACCCCCAAUUACUGGCGUAUACAUUCUCCAUGAACAGAACACUUUCCAAACCGUGACCAGGUUUGCAGGUAGUGCUAAGCCAAACUAUGCUUUAUCAAACUCUGGUUUAGCACACUGGUCCUCAAACCUUUUUCUCUGGGCCACACUUACACAAUAAGUAUUUUGCUCCUGCCACACCAAAAUUUUGUUGAUAAUUAGAAAACGAAAAGAUCGCAACUAGGAUUGUCAUCAGUAUGACCUGAUGCUUUUUGUUCUCAUUUUGAAAAUAUAUCUAUCCAUAUUCUGCAAAUAAAAACAAUUGCUUUAUACUACACUGAAAUGUUUAAAUGCUUGAUUGUCCUUGAAUCUUCCUGCCACACUUGUCGUUAUCUUCUGGCACGUCAGUGUGGCUUGCCAUACUUGUUGAGAACUGCCGGUUUAUCAUGAACAUAUGGAGUCCAUGGUGACUUUGCUUCUACUGCUUUGCUGUGCGCUAGCCUGUGGUUUGGCCAACAUGCCGUCUGAACCUGGGGUCAUGGUUUGUCUUGCUCCAGACAAACCAUGAACUGCAGCCAAGGUUUGUUCUUGUUUGCAUCCCAUGGUCUGUGCAGGAGACAAACCAUAAGCUCAGGUUUGGGCAGCGUGCUAAGCCAAAGCAUGGAUUAGCUCACUGCAAAACAGCAGGACCAGAGAAGGAGCAAAGCAGCUGUGAUCUUCCCUCGAGUAGCCUGCACACUCGGCAUUAUGUGUGAAUUGAGCCACUAUCAGGACAGAGGAGGCGGAAUCUGUCCUUAAUGCACUGCCAGCCCUGCCGUUCUGGAGUCCUGUGUUCCAUUCUGGGUACUAACAUUUUAAGAAAGACGUUGGGAAAUUGGAGUAUGUAUAGAGGAUGGCAAAUUAUGUUCAAAUUAGCACCUUGGAGCACAGCGAAGUUGUAUAUGUGUGCCCCCCCUCCCGCAUUUAAAAGCUCUUUUCCCCCAAACCUGUUCACAUCAGCACAGCUUCAUUAGUGUCAGAUUCAUUUCAGUAGGGUGCUGAUGGAGAGGGGAUAUCUUUACCCUAUGCAAAGAUGCAUUAGGAAUGGCUUGAUAAACAACACAUCGAACAGGGAAGCGUAUCACACUUUUUUGUGAGCAAAACAACAAAAAUAAUGAAAGCGCCAGCGUAGACUUUUGUUUCAAUGACUGCCUUUCUUCCCAGUGCACAUAUAUUGAAGUGGACCAGGUUGAGAAGACCCAUGCGGUCAUUCUCAGCCGACCAGCCUGGCUCUGGGGAGCCGAGAUGGGAGCCAACGAGCACGGGGUCUGCAUCGGCAAUGAAGGGGUGUGGACCAAGGAGCUCGUGGCAGAGGAGGAAGCCUUGCUGGGCAUGGAUCUGGUCAGGUAGGAGGUGUCAUGUUGGGUGGCUGUGAAUCAUCAGCUUGUGCCCAAGUUGUAUUUUCUGCUCCUCUGUAAUCGCCUGGCCGGCCACGGCCAUAGCCAGGAUUUUUGUUAGGGGGCAAGCUUUCAUUAGGAGGUCAGAACUUCAGAUUUGUAUUGAUUUUUAAUGAUUUGAGGGGGGGGUAGCUGCUCCCCUACCCCCCCCUUGGCUACGCCCAUGCUGCUGGCCCACAUGGAGGCUGAGAUGCUGUCUUUGCAUCUGGACAAAAGAUGAUCUGGCCUCAGUUCUUGCAUCUGUAUAAUGGGAAUGACAGUGAACACCCUCUCUACAAUUGUUCUGAGAAUUGGUGAGCUAAGAAGAGUUACAGCACUAUAGGUAAAGGAACCCCUGACCAUUAGGUCCAGUUGUGACCGACUCUGGGGUUGCGGCGCUCAUCUCGCUUUAUUGGCCGAGGGAGCCAGCGUACAGCUUCCGGGUCAUGUGGCCAGCACGACUAAGCCGCUUCUGGUGAACCAGAGCAGCGCACGGAAACGCCGUUUACCUUCCCGCCAGAGAGCGGUCCCUAUUUAUCUACUUGCACUUUGAGGUGCUUUCGAACUGCUAGGUCAGCAGGAGCAGGGACCGAGCAACGGGAGCUCACCCCGUCGUGGGGAUUCAAACCGCCGACCUUCUGAUCGGCAAGUCCUAGGCUCUGUGGUUUAACCCACAGCGCCACCCGCCUCCCUUUUUACAGCACUAUAGUUGUUCAUAAUAGGAAAACAGCAUCCCUGGUAGGUUUGAACACCUCCAGCGAAGGAGAGUCCACAUUCCAAGGCAGUCUGUUACACGAUUAAACAGCUGGAAUCAUCAGGAAGUUCUCCCUAAUGUUUAAUAAGAAAGCUUUUUCUUGUAAUUUAAGCCAUUGGUUCAGGGUCUGCCUUGUCGAACUGCAGAAAACGAAUUGCUUCAUCAUCUAUAUGACAGCCUAUCAAAUAUUUGAAGGUGGCUAUCAUGUGUGUCCCCCCUUUAAUCUUUCCCCCCAGACCAAAUAAGAAUCGCAAUAGCAAACGGUUGUAAUUGGUGUCCUUUAAACCUGGGUCUCCCACAGUAUUGGUGGAUAUUGGAAACUUUUUUAUUUCUGAAGCCUUUUUAGUCCUGUUCAGUUACUACAAAAUUCCCAACUGGAUGAACGAAAGGGUAUCAAACACUGUCUGACUUUUUAAUAGCGAUCAGUCACGGUUUGCAAAUGAUCUUACUUAAAAUUCCCUGGUUCGCCUAAAAGCCUCUUUUUAAAAAAAUCUAUAUUGAGAAAAUAUAUUGCCUUUUAAAGAAUACUGUAAUAAGUUCAGUGCAUCAAUUAGGGCAGAGGUGGUUAAUCUGAGGGCUUUGAACUUUUGCUGGACUACAACUACAAGAGUGACUAGUGGGGUGCCACAGGGUUCUGUCUUGGGCCCGGUCUUAUUCAACAUCUUUAUCAAUGACUUGGAUGAUGGACUCGAGGGCAUCCUGAUCAAAUUUGCAGAUGACACCAAAUUGGGAGGGGUGGCUAACACCCCAGAGGACAGGAUCACACUUCAAAACGACCUUGACAGAUUAGAGAACUGGGCCAAAACAAACAAGAUGAAUUUUAACAGGGAGAAAUGUAAAGUAUUGCACUUGGGCAAAAAAAAGGAGAGGCACAAAUACAAGAUGGGGGACACCUGCUUGAGAGCAGUACAUGUGAAAAGGAUCUAGGAGUCUUGGUUGACCACAAACUUGACAUGAGCCAACAGUGUGACGCGGCAGCUAAAAAAGCCAAUGCAAUUCUGGGCUGCAUCAAUAGGAGUAUAGCAUCUAGAUCAAGGGAAGUAAUAGUGCCACUGUAUUCUGCUCUGGUCAGACCUCACCUGGAGUACUGUGUCCAGUUCUGGGCACCACAGUUCAAGAAGGACACUGACAAACUGGAACGUGCCCAGAGGAGGGCAACCAAAAUGGUCAAAGGCCUGGAAACGAUGCCUUAUGAGGAACGGCUAAGAGAGCUGGGCAUGUUUAGCCUGGAGAAGAGGAGGUUAAGGGGUGAUAUGAUAGCCAUGUUCAAAUAUAUAAAAGGAUGUCACAUAGAGGAGGGAGAAAGGUUGUUUUCUGCUGCUCCAGAGAAGCGGACACGGAGCAAUGGAUCCAAACUACAAGAAAGAAGACUCCACCUAAACAUUAGGAAGAACUUCCUGACAGUAAGAGCUGUUCGACAGUGGAAUUUGCUGCCAAGGAGUGUGGUGGAGUCUCCUUCUUUGGAGGUCUUUAAGCAGAGGCUUGACAACCAUAUGUCAGGAGUGCUCUGAUGGUGUUUCCUGCUUGGCAGGGGGUUGGACUCGAUGGCCCUUGUGGUCUCUUCCAACUCUAUGAUUCUAUGAUUCUAUGAACUCCCAUCAUCCCUGACCAGUGACUAUGUUGGCUGGGGCUCAUGGGAAGCGGAGUCAACAACAACUAGAGAGCCACUGGUCAUCCAUCCCUGAGUAAAUUAGUUCACAGUCAGGUUUGCAGAGGCAGUAAUGGCUAAAAUAAUGUAUUUCAGGCUCGGUUUGGAGCGAGGCAGCAGUGCCCAGGAAGCAGUCCAGGUUAUAACAUCCCUCCUGGAACGUUACGGCCAAGGGGGCAGUUGUAAGGAGGAGCCGACCCCCUUCAUUUACCACAACACCUUCCUCCUUGCGGAUCGCACUGAAGCCUGGGUUGUAGAAACAGCCGGGCGGUUUUGGGCGGCUCAGAGGAUUCGAGGUGAGUGCAUUUCAGAAAGAGAUGAUAGGACACCUUGGAUCUUAACGGAUACACAGAAAUAUCUGGCGUUGCUCUUUUGCGAACGGUCUGGGCUUUCGUUUGCUUGCUUUGCCGAGAUUCCUGGUUCAGAUUCUGCGCUGAGAAAAGUUCAGUUUGGAACCCUGCAUGUGGUUAGAAGGGGCGUCUCCACCCCCAUCGUUCAGCCCGGACACGGAGGUCCAGCUCCGAGGGCCUUCUGGCGGUUCCCUCACUGCAAGAAAAGUGAAGGUACAGGGAACCAGGUAGAGGGCCUUCUCAGUAGUGGCACCCGCUCUGUGGAACGCCCUCCCAUCCGAUGUCAAGGAAAUAAACAACUAUCUGACUUUUAGAAGACAUCUGAAGGCAGUCCUGUUCAGGGAAGUUUUUAAUGUUUGAUGUUUUAUCGUGUUUUUAAUAUUCUCUUGGGAGCUGCCCAGAGUGGCUGGGGAAACCCAGCCAGAUGGGCGGGGUUUAAAUAAUAUAUUAUUAUUAUUAUUAUUAUUAUUAUUUAUUAUUUAUUAGAACGUUAGACUAGGACCUCGGAUCUCCUUCGAGGAAAAAGGAAGUAUAUAAAUGUAAUAAAUAAAUAAAACCUCGGGCUGUUGAGAUGUAUUAUGGAACUGUAUUCCAGAUCAGCUAAGCCCUUUUCAAACUUCCCGCUGGUUGAGUAGGAUCACCUUGUCUCUCCUCCCACCCUGCAGAAGGUGCCCGGAACAUUUCCAACCAGCUGAGCAUUGGUACCGACAUUACCUCUGAGCAUGCGGGCCUCAGGCAACAUGCCCGGGAGCAGGGAUGGUGGAGUGGCCAAGGGGCAUUCAGCUUCCUGGAGGUGUUUUCUCUCACCCACCAGCCUGUGCGCAUGGAGGCGGCCAAAGCUCGCUAUUGUGCUGGCCAGCAGCUGCUGCACCAACAUUCAGGUGUGUAUCCAAAAUACGUAGAGGUGUAGGGUUUUGGAAGCUUGUUUUUUGUUUUGUUUUGAAAUGAUUUUUAUUUGAUUUUACAAAUGCAAAGUUAUAUAAAAGAAUCCAAAUACAGUGGUACCUCGGGUUACAGACGCUUCAGGUUUCAGACUCCGCUAACCCAGAAAUAGUACCUCAGGUUAAGAAGUUUGCUUCAGGAUGAGAACAGAAAUCGUGCUCCGGUGGCACGAGCAGUGGGAGGCCCCAUUAGCUAAAGUGGUGCUUCAGGUUAAGAACAGUUUCAGGUUACAAACGGACCUCCGGAACUAAUUAAGUUAUUAACCCAAGGUACCACUGUAUAUAUCCAUAUACAGAGAUUCCUCCGAAUCUCAGAACUCCCAUCCCCUCCCAGGGUCCCAUUUUAAAAUUUAAUACUACAUACUCUUCAAUACUCCCAACUUUUAUAUCGGGUGUCCCCAACCUGCGGCCCUCCAGAUGUUUUGGCCUACAACUCCCAUGGUCCCUAGCUAACAGGACCAGUGGUCAGGGAUGAUGGGAAUUGUAGUCCAAAACGUCUGGCGGGCCAAAGGUCGGGGAUGCCUGUUUUAUAUCAAUCCAUAUUAUCCAUGGUAAUUGUUACGCUACAAGUGAAAUUGAAAUCCUGCUAAUGUUUCCAUCUGCUUACAGUGGUCUCCUAAAUAACUUAAUUUUUUCCUGUUCUUUUAUAAAGUUUUUGUCCUCUUGGUUUCUGGGUUUUCCAGUCAGUUUUGCCAUCUCGGCGUAGUCCAUCAGCUUGGUUUGCCACUCCUCUCUGGUAGGGACUUUGUUUUCUUUCCAACUCUGGGCCAAUAACAUCUGAGCAGUUGUUGUUCCAUACAUGAAGAGUCUUUUCUGCUCCUUUGGUAUAUCGGUACCUGUAAUUUCUAAUAGAACAGCUUCUGGUUUCUUAACAAAGGUUAUUUUAAGCAUUUUUUUUUCAUUUCAUUAUAUCUCAUCUUCAAGAAAGCUUUUAUCAUUAUUGGCUUUGUUUUGUGGAGGGAAGCGAGUUGCAAAGGCGUCCUUUAGAGCCACUUAAUGUUGGUUCAGAUAGUCAGAAGCGCAGCCCAGCUGGUCAUGUGACCCCACUGGGGUGGCAGCUGGAAAUGCCAACAUCCUCCUGGUUGCCUAGCAAGCGUCACUCAAGGGGGACCCAGAGAAUUUAGCAUUCAGUUUGCAGCCCCAUAAUGUAAUGUAACUGAUCUAUUUAAAGAUGUGGUUUUAGAUGUAGGCCGGAAGAUCUAUGCGGUAGUACAGUCGUACCUUCGUUUACGUAAACCUCUGGUUACGUAAACUUCGGGGUGGGUGCGCGGCAAACCCAGAAGUAUUUUACCGGGUUUCACUGCGCAUGCAUAUGCAAAAGCAGUCUGUGCAUAUGCAGAAGCGGUCCUUAGGUUGCGGAAACCUCGGGAUCUGACUGGACCUCUGGAACUGACUGGACCUCUGGAACAGAUCCUGUCUGCAACCGGAGGUACCACUGUAAUGGAUAGAUGCUGGCACGGGAUUGCGAGAUUUGUUACCUUGAGACUCCUGGCUCUUGCAUUUGGUGCGGUGGUUAGGCGUUGCAUUUAGGUGUAGGAGGACACACCAAUCAGCUGGUGCAGAGAGAGUGCUUAUGAGCACAUGCAGAAUGCUUCCCUUUGCCCUUAACACUCAGGAACCUCACCUAGUCCUUCUGCAUGUCAGUUUGGGUGGGGCAGAAAGUAGUCAAGAGGAAGUGACUCUUACAUAAGUAAUAAGGCCUGGCCCAGGACAUUUUGGCGCCCGAUUCAGAAAGUCCAAAUGGGUGACCAUUUUCCAACAGGGCUCGUGCAGGAGACUUCCCUAGUGGAUUGUGCCCAGUUGGUCCGCCUGCCUCCCACUUUGCCACGCUUGACGGUUCCCCAAAUCUGUCCCUUUGCCUUGGCUCCAUAGUAGAGCAAGCCUCCAUCGGGUAUUUGUGAAUUCUGACACCCUCUUCUUCUGGUAUCAGAACAGUUUCCCAUCUUCCUCUUUACUGAUGUGUAGGGCAGAUCACCGCAGAGACCAUUAUGACCAUCUUGAGUGACAAGGCCAGCGGGAUCUGCGUCGAUUCGGAAGGUUUCUGCACCACGGGAAGCAUGGUUUCCGUCCUGCCGCAGGAUCCCCACCUGCCUUGCAUCCACUUCUUCACGGCCACGCCAGACCCUUCCAGGUAAGCCAAAAACUCCUGCUUCAUUAAAAUUGGUGAGUGCACCUGCCAAGUUGAGAGGAGCCCUGCUGGCCAACCAGAACAGCUAUUGGAAGUGCAUUUGUUAUUUCAGGCGAGUUCCUUAUUCCCCAGUAAUUUAUUGGAAUGGGAAAGAGUUUUAUGUGAACAAAAUAAAUGCGCCUUUUACAGUUACUGAAGACCAGUCUCCAACCAAUACAUAAUCUAUGGAACGGGAUAAGUAUGACAUAAUCUGAAAUUAUCUUUCUUGUAAAACGUUGUUUUCUCCCACCAGCCUUGAGAUACUUAUAAUGAUAUGGUUGUGUGAAAGUUCAUCCUGUCAGUAUUUUAUGCUUCAUUUAAUAAGUUCCCUUUUCUGCAAGACUCCGAAAUAUGCUUUUUUCCCAGAAAGCUGUUUUUUUUGCCCCCUAACAAAGGUAUAGGACAGGUGAUACUGAAAUUAAACAAUGAAUAAAAGGAGUACAGUUGUACCUCGGCUUCCGAACGCCUUGGGAGCUGAGCAUUCUGGCUCCCAAACGAUCGAAAACCAGAAGUGUUUUCCAGUUUUCGAACAUUCUUUCGGAAGCUGAGCAUCCAAUAUGGCUUCCGAUUGGCUGCAGGAGCUUCCUUCAGCCAUUCAGAGGCCGCGCUUUGGAAGCCGAACGUUUCGGAAGUCGAAUGGACUUCCGGAACGGAUUCUGUUCGACUUCCGAGGUACGACUGUAUUAAAAAAUCAUUACAUCUCAAAUUAAGUAAAAUGGCAGUAAAUCAGCGCAGACUAUUCUCGGGACAUGAGUGCGAUAGCCCUCUCCAUCAGGUGCUCCCCAGCAACUGUGAAUCAGCAACCAUGCUGCCUCUAAAACUUGGAGGUUUUGCAGGAUGCAUGCAGCCUAAUCCUGCAUGACGUUGUCUAACCAUAUUUUAAAAUUUGUCCAAUUUGGUGGUCACCACUUUGAGCUUCGGAAAAGCAGCACAUUGCAUUUUUGUUUUGUUUUUAGUUUUUUUAAUAUAUAAAUCAUGUUGUCAUGUUCAUAUGAUCUCUCUGUGUUUUAGGGGAACCGUUUGAUUAAGAGUGUCGGGUACCUUGUCCAAAUCCUCUCCUCUCUCCUGCUCGGCAGGUCGAUCUUCAAACCCUUUAUCUUCGUUCCCAACGUCACUUUCUUUCACCAAGUGCAAUCGCCGACCUUUGGCGACAAAGACCCCGUCAGGCAGAUGCCCAGGUUUCAGAGACGGGUGGACCGACGGCACAAUCUCUACAGGGAACACCAGUUAGUCCUGGACACCAUGGACCGCAAUGAGGUGAAGCCCUGAAGAACCACUUGCAGUUACUGUAGAUCAGGGCUGGGGGACUUAUACCGCCUCCGGAUGCUGUCGGACUACAACUCCACUAAUCUCUGGCCCCUUCCCCCAUAUUCUCAUUCUGAACUCUUUCCUCUAGCCCAGCUCCUUGUCACCUGAUAUUUCCCAAACUGACUUGGUUCCACUUUCCAUGUUCUCUGAACUCUGCUCGUUGGCUGCUUUAUUUCUAGCUCUCUCUUUCCGUUCUCCUUUCUGUCUCCAAUCACUUCCUAUCUCAUUGUUUUUAUUAAAGAUUUUUGGGUUACAAAAGUACAUAAGUCGUACCUUGGAUCCCGAACGCCUUGGUACUCGGAUGUUUUGGCUCCCGAAUGCCACAAACCCGGAAGUGACUGUUCCGGUUUGCGAACAUUCUCUGGAACCUGAAUGUCUGACGGGGCUUCCCUGGCUUCCGAUUGGCUGCAGGAGCUUCCUGCAGGCCAAUCGGAAGCCGCGCUUUGGAUUCCGAACGUUUUGGAAGUCGAAUGGACUUCCGGAACGGAUUCCGUUCGACUUCCAAGGUACGACUGUACAUCAUCUGUUUUCAGAUCAUAAAGUCCUUUCUCCAGAAUGCCUCUAAUCACUUUCCACCUGCUGUUCUCCAUUUCUUGCUCUUCUUUGUCUUCCCUCCUCUUUACCACCCAGCCAGGGUUUAAACAGCCCUGACUCGGGAUGUGGUCCCACCCAGUUGUAGCCCCAAUUCAUUACCCCAGCUUUUCAUGAAACCUUGUGGGUGAGCGAAAUGGCUUCCAAGUCCGCCUUCCCACCCCCUGGAUGACAUCAACCAUGGGUAUUGAGGGGUGGCAUCUGCCAUGCCAGGGAUGGGUGACAAAUGAGUUAUGGCAACACCCUAAGGUCCCCAUAAUUAAUGCCCCGUUCUUCUCUCCUCCCCCCCCCCAAGCAUGAGCGCCAGAGACUCCAAGAGAUUAUGCGGAAAUUUCAGCGGCAAGCCCUGGAGGCCAUGAAGAACCUGCUGGCGGGCUCCUUCACUCUGAAACCCCAGGAGCUGGCUGACCUCUUCUACGACUGUGUGGUCACAGAAAUCAAGUUAUAUAAACAGUAAGAUCCCUAUCAGGGCAGAGAGAUUGAGGCUCGUUCCCGAGACCACUGAGAGUUCCAUGUGUGAAACAAAACCCUACUUGAAUGAUAUGAUAUGAUAAUGCUGCACCUUCUUUCAAAAACGAAACCUUAAAAUUGUGGAGUUGGCAUAGGCAGCCUUCAGAAUUCAUUGCUGCUGCAAGAGUGAAGACCACGGGCAUGGUUGUGGCUUUGAAAAGUUCGUGAAGGCUGGUGGUUCUGAAAGGUGGAGCAGCCUCUGCGUCUUAAGAGCUACAGACAAACAAGGGAAGGGGUAGCACUUUAGUGCACUUCAGAAACCUCCAACUGGCUACUGUCAGAAGCAAUGAAGUAGAGUGAGAUAAGACAUUUGGAAUUGUUGGGCCUAAGCUGUUGGGGACACAUUAGGUAGAUCUCAGUCUGCAAGAUAGAUGGGUCUCCAUUUUAGUUUUGUCACUGCAUUUUUGGUUUGGAGGGACCGAGAAAAAUAAUCUGGGAGAAGGGCUGUUUUUUUUCCUUCUAAAAACAGAGAAACCGUCCUCCGAAUUUUAACAUCUGUCUGAGAUAUCCCAAACAUUUUUUCUUAAAACGACCCGCGAUUCCAGCAAAUGCUGCCAGUGUAUUAUUGUAGACAUAGCACUACAGAAUAACCUGUGAGAUGUAUAUUCUCUUCUAUUACGGAUGCUGCAAUUUUUUUUUAUUUUUUUUUAUUUUUUUGAGCUCUGUAUCCUCAGCCUUACCACUGUUCUCAGUUGCUGAGAUGAUUUGGGAUGGAGCUGCCUUCUAAACAAAUAUCCCAUCCCAAGCAUUUCAGAGGUUUGAUGGUGCAAUUCUAUGAUUAAUCUGAACCUGCAUAUAGCACAAAUACACUGGGGAGAUGACGCAAAUUGCCUUUAAAAGGCAUAUGCAAGGUUUCAGACCUGCAUCGUUAUUUUGUUUCCUCGCCAAGUUUUGGGCAGCUCCAAACUCCUAACAAGGAAUUAUGAGUGGCCUCAUAACUCUAUACUUCCCAGGAAUAGUUUUCACAGGUAAGCCGGUUUUCAUCAAGCAGGUCAGAAUUUCAACAGGCACAAAAAAGCCUUCCUGCAUGUCCUUAGGAAGGAGCAAGCCCCAUUGGCCUGAGUAAACCUGCAACUGGCCUCGCCGCUUGCAGCCUUCACUUAGAGGAAGUACUGCCUACAGGUUUCAGCAGAGGGCCUUUGUCAGUUUUCUGCCUCCUUGCCAUGCCCCUCCACACUUAAAAGAUGGAUAACAACCCAUCUGCUGAUUAGAUUCAAGGAAGUAUUGUAUUUGUUUGACAGAAUAAAGCAAAAAUUAAAAACGAAAA